UGUGCGUGCACAAGCACAGCCCGUCACGAGCAUCGCUGUGAAGCCGGCGCAAUGGCCACCUUCACCUCCGUUCGCGUUCUCCUCGUCCUAGCUGCCGUCGUCCUACCCAGCUCGUUGGCAUGGAACUGCCCUCCACCGGCGCCUGGUGGGCACGGCCAGCCGUGGUACCCGCCGCCCGGCAGGGGUUCCGGCGCCGGUCACAACCCUCCGCACCACGGCAAGCCGCCCAAGCACCGCCCCAAUCCCCCGUCCAAAUGCCCGCCGUGCAAUCCGCCGUACGCCCCUCCGAAGCCACCGCCACCGCCCUACGUCCCGCCAACUCCGCCGUACGUCCCUCCUACGCCACGGCCACCGCCCUACGCCCCGCCAACUCCGCCGUACGUCCCACCGACUCCGCCAUACGUGCCUCCGACUCCACCGUACGUGCCGCCGACGCCGCCCUACGUGCCGCCGACGCCGCCGUACGUGCCGCCGACGCCGCCCUACGUGCCGCCGACGCCGCCGUACGUGCCGCCCACUCCGCCGUACGUGCCGCCGACGCCGCCCUACGUGCCGCCCACUCCGCCGUACGUGCCGCCGACGCCGCCCUACGUGCCGCCCACUCCGCCAAACGUGCCCCCGACGCCGCCAAACGUGCCCCCGACGCCGCCGGCGGGGCGGACGUGCCCGAUCAACGCGCUGAAGCUGAACGCGUGCGUGGACGUGCUGGGCGGGCUGAUCCACCUGGUGAUCGGGCGGGAGGCGAAGUCCAAGUGCUGCCCGCUGGUGCAGGGGGUGGCGGACCUUGACGCGGCGCUCUGCCUCUGCACCACCAUCCGAGCGCGCGUGCUCAACAUCAACAUCUACCUCCCCAUCGCGCUCGAGUUGCUCAUCACCUGCGGCAAGCACCCGCCGGCCGGCUUCAAGUGCCCGUCGCUCUACGACUGAGCGAUCACAACAAACCAGUAUGCGCGCCAUGCAUGCAUGGUGCUUCUUACUGGCAUGGCGUGAUUCAUGGAAUCACGUUCAAGCUAGCAGCGUCUCUACGAUGCGUGUCUUAAUUUCUUUGGUGUUCUUGAGUAAUGUGCUUUUCUGUCCGAUCGAAAACUUUUCGAUCUUCUAAGUGCAGCUUAAUCAGUCGAUGUGUGCAACUGGCUCAAGUAUUUGGUUCAAUUCCAUAAAUAUCAGUAUGCUUGCAUCUGUUAUUAGCUUCA